AUGGAUAUUAUGCCGAAAAAUGACAAUGCAGAUAAGAGCAAACUGCUUGCCUAUAAUAUACGCUAUCGUGUAAUCCAUCCUGUCCAAUUAUCUGAAGACAGUAUACUCAGGAAAAAGUUGGCCAACAAUUUUGAUGAUAGCAAUACAACUCCAUAUCCUAAGACAAUUGAAAAAAAUAUUACUGGAUUACAGUAUACUAGUACUCCUGGGGAACAUUUAUUCGGUGUCGUUUAUGAAUUUGCUGUGGCUGCAGUCACUGAAAAUGGUUAUGGUCAUGAAGCAAUCGGUCAAAUCGCUAUGCCUGAAGCAGCUCCAUCGGAUGCUCCAAGUAACUUUCGUGUAGUUGGUGGAGAUGAAACCUCAGUAAAGUUGGCUUGGGAACCUCCAAGAUUAUUAUAUCAAAAUGGUAUUAUUACAAAAUAUCAAGUUCGAUGUUAUAUUGUUGGUUCAGAAGAGAAUCGUGAUGAAUUGAAAACACUCACUGAACAAACAUUAAGCUUGUCUAAUUUACCUGCAGGUACACACGCCUGUCUGGUACGUGCUUGGACUAAAGCAGGUCCAGGUCCAUGGAGUGAUCGUGUUCAAUUUCUUAUUCAUCAAAAAGGUCCAUCACCGCCUUCGCAUGUACAAGGAUAUUGGAAGUCUCCAUACAUUCUAACAAUUGAAUGGACACUACCAGAGGACAAAGCAAAUAUAGCUUAUAUAAUUAUUCAUUAUACCACGCAAAGUAAUCCUAAUUUAUGGCAAAAAUACUUUGUAAAAGAAAUAAUGAAAACAUCUGAAGAUUUGAGUAAUCUGCCUUCAAAUGAAGGUUAUUUAAUUCGUUUAAGUUCAGUCGAUUCAACUGGAAAUGAAGGUCAAUUAUCAGAUGUGAUAAAAAUUCACCCAUAUCAACAUAUCCUCACCAAUAUAGGCAAUAAUGAGGAGGAGAAUGACAAUUUCAACAAAAAUGAUGGAAUGCUUUAUCCUGUGAAGAAAAGAGGAGGAGAAGAAGAAGACGAAAAUUAUCGUUUCAGUGUUAUAGAUAAUAUAUCUGAUCAACCAGAGAAAUUUACUGUACAAAAUUUUAAAUGUAUUCAUAAAACAUCAAAAUCAAUAAUUAUUGAUUGGUUACCUCCAGUACAUUUGGCCAAUCUAUUGGAAUAUCAGCUUCAUAUAACUGGCAGAAGUGAAUUUUUCACUAACAGCGGUGUAUUUAAAUCAGUUCACUUGGGUGAAUGGCAACUUCAUCACAGUGCAGACCAACAGAUCGAUGGCAACAUUGGUAGACCUGAAACGUUAAAUUGGCCGUUAGUUGAUUUGCUCGGUGAUAUAUCAGCUCUCGAUCCACAGCAGCAUAGUCAUCUUCAACAACGUCAACAACAACAAACUCAUAAAAUGGAAAUACCAGAUUUAAAACCGAAUAGUCAGUAUAAAAUAACUAUACGUCCAAUUUAUCGUGCACUUAUCUCAGAAGGUACUAUUGGAGCUAAAGAAGGAUUCCCAGUGACUAUUAUAUGUCAUACAGAAUGGAGUGCUCCAGAAUACGUCAAACCACCAGAAAUACUGGCAAUCUAUUCAGGACCAUCAGAUCCACAGGGUGCAACUUUGAUCACUGAAAUGAAAUUAUAUCGUGUAUCAGAAGAAAAUGGUCCUAUCCAUAAUUAUUACAUAAUUGUAUCUCCAGAAUUAAACCCAAUCAUGUCUGAUGACAGUACUAGCAGCAAAAUUCACUCUAAAUCCUCAGAAUCUUUAAGUAUUAAUGCAUCUCAAUAUGACUUGAAAAUACUCUCACAGAAUAUUGAUCUGCCUAGUAAUCAAGCACCGUAUUUAGCUAUGGCACGUCAUACGUCAAAUUUAUUUGAAACAAACCAGCAUACAGCUAUAGUGAUAUUAGGUAGUGAAGAGAUGGACAACUUUUUUAUACAACCUCAGAAUUAUUUACAUUCUACGGGGAUUAAUAAUCACUCCUACGAAAGAUUACUUCCAAACCACCAAGAUUUAAGACGAACCACAGAUACUAUGGCGAAUUUUAUUCAUCCUACGUCUGAUUUAGAUGAUGAUGGCGAUGUUGCUGCUAAUCAUCAUGCUAAAAAUAAUGUUGAUACUGGUACAUACUACUAUAAUCGUAAUAGUAAUAUGUAUGCAAAAGCAAUACAAGUGAAUAAUAAGCGGUUAUUUCAAUCAACUACAUAUCGUGUUGCUUUGAGAGCAUGUUCUCAGUAUUCCGAUGGUCGUCAGUUAUGUUCAACAAGCCAAUGGUCUGAGAGAAUAUCCUCCAUCCUUUCAGAGAAUGUUAACAGGUUGUCAAAUCUGAAACCAAUCAAAGAUAAAACACUCACAUGGAAUCUUCAAGAAUCAUCUUCAUUCACUAUCAUUUUAAUUGGUCUAGCCGGUGGACUAAUAUUUUUCGCUAUCCUGAGUACAAUACUUGGUUGUAUUCUACGGCGUAGAAAGCAACAGCUGGCUCGGAGAUCAGCACUUGAAUCAAGUAAUCAAUGGGAUGCACAAAUCUGUAGAGAUUUGAGUAAAUCAAUAUUUGCUGCUGAAAAUUUAUCUGGAUCACACAGUUCACAAACUAAAUGUUUUGCCUCGAAAAAUAAUAAUAAUAGUUUUAUAAAUUCUCAUCCCUCAAAUUACUUUUUAAACAUCCGUACAGAAGAAGGAUCACGCAGUCCAUCGAAUUCAAGCAGUGGUAUCCUAGGCCUAAAUCUUCCACGACCAAGUACAGGUGGACUAUCCGUCGGUACGAAUAUCAUGUCGCCAUUAGCUUCAUCAACAAAUCAAUUAACUAUAUCAGAUAUAUCACCAGUAAUUACUAGAUCAGUACAUAUGAACAGUGUAAACAACAGUUUAGGAGAAAAAUGUGAAUCACCGACAAGAAGUGUUAACAGUACUACUGCUGAAGCCAUUGUGAUGAAUAGACCAUUGUUUAAUAUCCAGUCGAAAUCGGGUACAACAAGUAUGAUGGAGAAUUUCAAUCAACUGUUUCGUGAUGGAACUAUUGAAAUUCAUCGUAUGCCUAUACCAGUUGACCAAUUACAAGAAAUAAUUUAUCAAGCAAGAAGUAAUAAUUAUAUUAACUUUCAACAAGAAUUUCAAGCUAUAGAACAGAUAUCAAAGUCACGAUAUAUCAGUGCAGUACAUUCAAAUUUAGAUAUGAAUAAGUCAAAAAAUCGAUAUCCAAAUAUAUUAGCCUAUGAUCGUACACGGGUGACAAUACAAUCAAGUAAUCAUAUGAAUAUAUCAGGAUCAGAUUAUAUCAAUGCUAAUUAUAUUGAUGGUUACAGAAAACAGAAUGCAUUUAUAGCAACUCAGGCUCCAUUACCAAAUACAUUUGAAGAUUUUUGGACAAUGAUAUGGGAACAGAAUACAAGUGUGAUUGUUAUGCUGAGUAAAAUUAUUGAAAAAGGUCAAGUUAAAUGUGAUCAAUAUUGGCCAACAGUCAGUGGAACGCUUAUAUUCUCUAAUUUAAUUAUAACCCAUAUAGAAACAACUGAAUUGGCAAAUUAUACAAUCCGCAGUUUUGAAUUACGCAAAGAAAGUGAACAUAGAAAAAUCUGGCAUUUACAAUAUACAAGCUGGCCUGAUCAUGGGGUACCAAUUUAUUCGACAGUAUUUUUAAUGUUUCUUCGACGUGUUGGUACAAUUACUCCAGCUGACUGUGGACCAAUUGUUGUUCACUGUUCCUCUGGUACAGGAAGAACUGGUAUCUACAUAGCAAUCAAUAUAUUAUUAGAACGUAUGAAAAGUGAAUCUGUUAUUGAUAUAUUCGGUCUGGUGAAUCAACUACGCAUGCAACGCAAUUCUAUGAUUGAAACACAAGAUGAGUACACGUUUAUUUACACUGCACUACUUGAAUCAAUAACCGAUGGCAACACCGAAGUAUCCGCUCGUAAUCUCUACAUACACUUACAGCAUUUAUCUAUGAUACAGACAACAGUUACAAAUGAUUAUCCUAUGAAUCCUACGGGUCAACAACUGUCGUCAUCAUCUCCUCCAACGAUAUCAGUGAACAGUGUAAAUGAGAAUGUUAAUAAUACAGCUAAUGUGACGGCGACAACAAAUUCCUUAGGCUAUACUGGAUUCCAAUUAGAAUUUCGUAAAAUCAACAAGCUAUCACCAAAUAUUGCAUUCGCAUUGAAUUGUGUUACACCAAAAACUGGUAUCCUAGGAUAUUCAUCGUCUGCGAUUCAUAUACAAGAUUGUAAAUCGGUUGUUUCGUGUGAAGUAGCCAAGAGAAAUGUUAAUUUUAGUAAAAAUCGUCUAGUCAGCAUAAUACCAUUUGAUUGGAAUCGUGUAACUUUAUGUCCAGUACGUGGGGUAGAUGGAUCUGAUUAUAUAAAUGCCAGUUUGAUUGAUGGUUAUCUCAAGAAAAAUGCUUAUAUCGCUUGUCAAGGACCAAUGGUAUCAACUGUAGAAGAUUUUUGGCGUAUGCUUUGGGAAAAACACAGUUGCUUAAUUGUCAUGUUAUGCUCAAUUAAAGAAAGUGGGAAAGAGAAAUGUUUCACCUAUUGGCCAGAGGAUAAAUUAGCACGUUAUCAAUUCUUUGUAGUGGACUUGACAGCACAGUAUACAAUGUCUAGUCAUAUAUUAAGAGAAUUUAAAGUAACCGAUGCACGGGAUGGAGAAUCACGUAUCAUUAGACAGUUGCAGUAUAUUCAAUGGAAUGAACAAGGUUUACCACAGACAAGUGAAAGUAUAAUUGAUUUAAUUGGACAUAUGCAUAAAAUUAAAGAGCAACAGAAUUAUGAUGGACCGAUAACUGUUCAUUGCAGCUCUGGUGCUGGUCGAACAGGAUUAUUUAUAACAAUGUGCAAUGUGUUGGAAAGGCUACGUCAAGAAUCAGUUAUCGAUAUGUAUCAAACAGUGAAAUUACUUCGGCAACAACGUGUUUGGAUGGUACAAACAGAAGAACAAUAUCGUUUCUGUUAUACAGCUACACUGGACUACUUGAAUUCAUUUGAUCUGUGCACUCAACCACAAUUACAAGCACCAAUACCAAUAAUACCAAUACCAGUACCCAUACAAAUGCAUAAUUUACACAGAAAUUCACCAAAUUUAAAAACAAAAUUAAAAUCUACCCAAUUAUCUGAUAAAAGCGUUCUAUUUGAAUUUGAUAAAAAUUAUGAAAUAGGCAAUAAUCAUAAUAAUAAUAAUUUAAUAAUUCAAUAGGAGAAUUAAAAC